AACUGAGAAGCGCCGGAAGAUUCUGAUCUGCUGCCCUUGUGCGUUCCCGGGUGGUGUGCGGCGCCAGUUGCCAUGGAGCCGGCGGGGCCUUGUGGUUUCUGCCCCGCCGGGGAGGCCCAGCCAGCGCGCUACACCUGCCCUCGCUGUAACGUGCCCUACUGCUCGCUGCGCUGCUACCGGGCGCAUGGCACCUGCGCCGAAGACUUCUACCGUGACCAGGUGCUGGGAGAGCUGCGCGGCCGCAGCGCCUCUCCCAGCCGCCUGGCCAGCGCCCUACUCCGGCUGCGUCAGCAACGUGAGACCGAGGACGAGCCCGAGGACGAGCCCGAGGACGCAGGCCUCAGGCCUGGUCCGGCGCCCGGCGGCCUCUCAGGACUCUGGGAGCGGCUGGCCCCGGCCGAAAAGGCAGCCUUCGAGCGGCUGCUGAGCCGAGGCGAGGCCGGGCGGCUGCUGCCCCCGUGGCGGCCUUGGUGGUGGGUUCGCGGCGCCGGGCCGCGGCUUCUGGAGGAGCUGGGUGAUGCCCCGGGCUGUGACGCCGAGGAGCUGGAGCCCUCCCCUGCGAGGACGCCACCGGAACCCGAGAAGGAUGAGCCUGCGGCUGCCGAGCCAGUUCUCGGAGACGUCCCUGGGGCCUGCCCUCCCGCCGUGCCCACCCGGAUCCCCACGCUGGCCAGCCUGAGCAGGGGCCGGGCGUCGCCGCUCGUGCGCUUCCAGCUGCCCAACGUGCUGUUCGCCUACGCACACACUCUUGCCCUGUAUCACGGCGGCGACGAGGCUCUGCUCUCUGACUUCUGUGCCACGCUGCUCAGCGUUUCUGGAGUCCUGGGCGCCCAGCAAGUCUUCGCCUCUACCGAGGAGGCCCUGCAGGCUGCAGCCCACGUGCUGGAAGCAGGCGAGCAUCCCCCCGGACCCCUGGGCACACGGGGUGCCAUGCGCGAGGCCGCCCUCAUCCUGCUGGGUGAGGGCCUGGCCAACCAGAAAGGCUACACGUUGGCAGCACUGGGGGACCUGGCACAGACCCUGGGCCGAGCCCGGAAACAAGCUGUGGCCCCUGAGGAACGAGAUCGCCUCUACCGGGCCCGAAAGAAGUGCCAGUUCCUGCUGUCUUGGACCAACGAAAAUGAGGAGGCCCUCACACCCCUGGCUCUAGACUGCGCCAGGGCCCACCGAGCCCACACUGUGGCAGCCGUGGAGGUGGCAGCCCUCACUGGGGAGCUGGAGCAGCUUUGGGGAGGCCCCCUGCCACCUGCCCGGAGGACUCUCAUUGAGGAGCUCCUUGGCUGAACUGAACACUCUUUCUCAUUAAUAAAGCUGUGACUGGUC